CACACAGCAUCCAACACACUCUCUCUAUAAAUAUAAAAAUAAAAUUUAGAAACACAUAACUUCAUCUUUAACACCAUUUUCAUUCUUUGAAUUUAAUUCAAUUAACGGAUUUUGGAGACAUUUACACGAUUUUGCAAUGGUUGGCCGCGGCGUCGUUUUAGCCAUCUUCUUGAUUGGUUGUUUAUCUGUGGUUUCCAUAGCAAAGGAAGAGGCUAACAAGUUAGGAACAGUUAUUGGGAUAGAUCUUGGUACUACCUAUUCGUGUGUUGGUGUUUACAAGAAUGGUCAUGUUGAAAUUAUAGCCAAUGACCAAGGUAACCGUAUUACUCCUUCGUGGGUGGCAUUUACCGACACUGAGAGGUUGAUUGGCGAGGCAGCUAAGAAUCAGGCGGCUGUAAACGCCGAGAGGACUAUCUUUGAUGUUAAGAGACUUAUUGGGCGAAAAUUUGAAGACAAAGAAGUCCAGAGGGAUAUGAAACUCUUUCCUUUCAAGAUUGUGAACAAGGAUGGAAAACCUUAUAUCCAAGUUAAGCUCAAGGAUGGGGAAACCAAGGUUUUCAGUCCUGAGGAAAUCAGUGCCAUGAUUCUAACCAAGAUGAAGGAGACAGCCGAAGCGUUUCUUGGAAAGAAAAUUAAGGAUGCGGUCGUCACAGUUCCCGCAUACUUUAACGAUGCCCAAAGGCAGGCUACUAAGGAUGCUGGUGUUAUUGCUGGCUUAAAUGUUGCUAGAAUCAUCAAUGAACCUACAGCCGCUGCCAUUGCAUACGGUUUGGACAAAAAAGGUGGCGAGAAGAACAUUCUUGUUUUUGACCUUGGUGGUGGAACUUUUGAUGUCAGUAUCUUGACUAUUGACAAUGGUGUUUUUGAGGUUCUCUCCACAAACGGAGACACCCAUCUUGGAGGUGAGGACUUUGACCAAAGGAUCAUGGACUACUUUAUCAAAUUGAUCAAGAAGAAGCACGGAAAGGACAUCAGCAAGGACAACAGAGCUCUUGGAAAGCUAAGGAGGGAAGCUGAACGUGCCAAGAGGGCAUUGAGUAGCCAGCACCAAGUCCGUGUUGAAAUCGAGUCACUCUUUGAUGGUGUAGAUUUCUCCGAGCCAUUGACCCGUGCCCGUUUUGAGGAGUUGAACAACGAUUUGUUCAGAAAGACCAUGGGACCCGUGAAGAAAGCCAUGGAAGAUGCUGGUCUUGAGAAGCGCCAAAUCGAUGAGAUUGUUCUUGUUGGUGGUAGUACCAGAAUUCCAAAGGUGCAACAGCUCCUCAGAGACUACUUUGAUGGCAAGGAACCCAACAAGGGUGUGAACCCUGAUGAGGCAGUUGCCUAUGGUGCAGCAGUACAAGGAGGUAUUUUGAGUGGAGAGGGUGGUGAUGAAACCAAAGAUAUCCUUCUUUUGGAUGUGGCCCCCCUUACCCUGGGAAUUGAAACCGUGGGAGGAGUGAUGACCAAAUUGAUCCCCAGGAACACCGUUAUCCCAACCAAGAAGUCCCAAGUGUUCACCACAUACCAGGACCAGCAGACCGUUGUCUCCAUUCAAGUGUUUGAAGGUGAAAGGAGUCUUACAAAAGAUUGUAGGCUGCUUGGAAAGUUUGAUCUUUCUGGCAUUCCCCCAGCCCCAAGGGGAACCCCACAAAUUGAAGUGACAUUUGAAGUGGAUGCCAAUGGUAUCUUGAAUGUGAAGGCCGAGGACAAGGGAACUGGAAAGGCAGAAAAGAUCACCAUCACCAAUGAAAAGGGACGAUUGAGCCAGGAAGAAAUCGAGCGGAUGGUUCGUGAAGCAGAGGAGUUUGCAGAGGAAGACAAGAAGGUGAAGGAAAAGAUUGAUGCUCGUAACGCCCUUGAGACUUACGUAUAUAACAUGAAGAACCAAGUGAGUGACAAAGAUAAAUUGGCUGACAAGCUGGAGUCUGAUGAGAAAGAGAAGAUUGAAGCAGCAACAAAGGAGGCUCUCGAGUGGUUGGAUGAUAACCAGUCGGCAGAGAAAGAGGAGUAUGAUGAGAAGCUUAAAGAGGUAGAAGCCGUUUGCAACCCAAUUAUCACAGCUGUUUAUCAGAGAACUGGUGGUGCCCCUGGUGGUGGUGCGGAUGACUCAGCCGAAGAUGAUGAACAUGAUGAACUGUAGGCUUUUUAUUAUAUACAGACAAGAGAUAGGAAGGCUCUGUUAGUGCAGCUUUUGGGAGUACCUUGAGUCGGAUUUUUUGCCCUUGUUCUUAACCUUGACAAACAUGUAUUAUGCCCCCUUGCUUGCGUCAAAUUUCUUCUUACCAAAGAAGAAAUUUUGAGUUUUACUCCGUUUAGGUUUGUUAUUGAAAAAACAUUUUCGUAUUUUAGAAAUCAAUCUUGAUAUGUUCAGUCA